AUGCAGACCCUCAACGGCGACGCGCUCGGGUACGACGCGCGCGUCGACGCUUCGACGUUUGAGGCCAUGGCAGCGAACGUGGCCGAGCAGUACCAGCAGGUGGAUCAAGUGCUUUGCGACGCAGGACUGACGGACACGACCACGGAGCGGUCGGUUGCCCACGUGGUCAAGGACGGCCCGCGCGGUCCCUUUGUGCGCUUUGCGACGGCCAAAGUCGCGCCGUUUGCGAUGGACACAGUGAGUCGAGCCAUGUGGAAGACGGCCGAGAAGAAGGCCGUGCACAUUGUGAACGCGCAAGAAGAGGGAGCUGAGGCUUCGAGUGAAAGCGACGCACGUGUGUUCUACCUCAAGACCAUUUACACGUUACAGGACGAUGCAGUCGCGGCGAGGGGCAUCUCGGUGCUGCUGCGCGGAGUCUGUCGUCGGUACGUCGAGGCAGACCGUGUCGUGCUGGUGUGGGAAGGCCGGGGCGACUGGCCCGAGAACUACAUUCGCGACCACCCGAGCAGUGUCCCGAUUCGGGAACGUGGCUACUGUGUCAUACGGACGGUUCAGAGUGAGCGGGUCAAGGGCAGACGGGAUGCCGCCCCGCUGAGUUUAUCGCAGACUUGUGUCUGCAUGACACCGGGUCUGUCCGCCGACAUUGGCCUGGACAGUCCCGAGUGCUUGCAAGUGCUCUCGGACUCGGUGAUCCCGUCGUACCGAAAGAUCCUGGAGGCGCGGGAGCAGACGCUGGAGAAUGCUCUGCUUGACGAGAUGAUUCAGUCGAGAGUGCGGGGACCGACGAAGCGAUAG